AACGAAUUGGACUGCGCAUGUCUUUUCGUUAGUUCCGGAUUUGUAAGGAAAGGAAGAUCACUUGCUCCUCACUCAAACAUUAAUCAUACAUAUAAUAACACACAAAAUGGCUUUAAAACGAAUAAAUAAGGAGUUACAAGAUUUAGGCAGAGACCCACCAGCACAAUGCUCAGCAGGUCCAGUAGGGGAUGAUUUAUUUCAUUGGCAAGCCACAAUAAUGGGUCCACCUGACAGUCCGUACCAAGGAGGAGUAUUUUUCCUUACAAUACACUUCCCCACAGACUACCCAUUCAAGCCUCCAAAGGUUUCAUUCACAACUAAGAUAUAUCACCCCAAUAUAAACAGUAAUGGUAGCAUAUGUCUUGAUAUAUUACGUUCACAGUGGUCUCCCGCUUUAACCAUAUCUAAAGUUCUUCUCUCUAUAUGUUCCCUACUUUGUGAUCCAAAUCCAGAUGACCCAUUAGUUCCGGACAUAGCCAGAUUGUUUAAGACCGAUCGUAAAAAAUAUGCUGAUACUGCAAAAGAGUGGACCAGGAAAUUCGCUAUGUGAUACAAACUUUCCAUGGAUAAUAAAUUGACAGUUUUUUAUACAAUAUUAUGAUAUAUAGAUUUGAAAAUAUAUGAAGAAUUUAUUUGGGAAGUAAAUGAAAAUGUACAAUGACUGAUAACUUAAUAUGCACUAACAAACUUUCGACCAGUCAUUGAAGUUUUGUACAAGUACAUAUUUAAAGAUGAAAUGCUCCCUAAUGAAUUGAAUUGUAUGUACAUAUUUAUUAUAUAUUUAUCAUUUCUGAAAUGCUAAUUAUAUCUUAACCUCAUCAUUAAAUAUGUACUUCAGUUCAUUUGCUCCCAAUUAUUGUAGUUCAAACUUUUACUUCUAAAAAUAUUAUUGAACCGAUGGAAAUUUUUAGUUAACAAGAACAGGAAACAAUUUGAAAUUGUGGCUUGAAAUAUUGUGAUAAUUUAUGCAAGUCUGUUGUAUGUCUAAUUAUAAUACCUCACAAAGUGUGAUAUGGUUUUUUACAAAGAAAAUACUAAUCGGUAAUGAAAUAGUAUUUUUAGAAGUGAAAUUUCAUACAAGUCUAUGUUUCCUUUCGUUUUUUGCAUGUUCAGUCAUUUAUGUACAUGUACAGUAGUUGUUUCACAUUUUACACAAUUUAUGUAUGUUGACAUUUUGUAAUCUUUAUUUUCAUGCUAUAAUUAUUGUAUCAAGGAAGUUAAGGAUUAUUUUGAAUAUUUUUUCAGUGCUUCUGUCCAUAUGCUCGCUCUUAAAUGACCCAAACCCAGAUGACCCUUUAGUACCAGAUAUUGCCAGAACUUAUAAGACAGACAGACCGAAGUAUAAUGAAAUAGCUAAAGAAUGGACACAGAAAUAUGCUACGUAAAAAUGCUAAAUGAUAAACAUUGUUUUGUGGUACGAUAAAUGACAAGCGAAUUUAUUGAAAAUCUUGUACAAGUGCUAGAUACUAAAAUAGUGCAGGAAGACUUUUUUCCAUUUUUAUUGACAUGUUUUGUUUUUUAGUCCAUUUGUAAGAAGUUCUUACAACAAUACAAUAUUGUAAAUUUUACCCAUUAGAUAUUGUGAAGAUUGAAAAUGUUAUUCUUUUUUUCAGAUUUUGGUACACAAAUAUUCUCUGUCAGACUUCUUUUAUUUUCUGUUGGUAAAGACAGUUAAUGAUUUAAAAAUAGAAAAAAGCUUAUAAAACUGUGUUAAGUCUUUGGAUAUACACAUGAUUUAGAUGUUUGUGAGGAACUGUGGUUGAUUCAGAUUGUAACAUCAUUGUCACCAUUGCAAAUGUUAACGUUCAUUAUAAGUUUAUUUAAAUCAGACAAGUUUUAUAAUAAAAAAAAAAAUGUUCUAGAAAAUCAUUAAGUUUGGGAUUUUCCACCCACUUGAAAGUGUUCUUGAAUUCUACAUCAAUAUAUAUUUUCUGAAUCAGAAUCGGUUUUAGUUGGUUUUUUUUUUACCAUUUCCUCAGUCAAAUUUCCCUCUCCUUCUUUGGCUUUUACCUUUGUGACGUUAAGCAAUAAAAAAAGUACACCUGCUUAUGACAUUGAAUACAUCUUUUGGUCAGUUCACCAGAAAAGAACAUUGAAAAUCUUAAGAAAAUGAUUUUACUGUGCUGCUUAUUCAAAUGUCAUUUCUCCACUGUAAAAGUAGAUAACAUUUAUAAAAAAAUAUUUGUACUGUAUGUUUAGGAUUAUUAAAUUUGUUAUGUUUUUUUUCCUCUGAUAACUGUUGAUAGUUAAUAGAUAUCAUACAAGUCACUCUUUUACAAUAACACAGAAUUUAGGAACAUAUUUCAUAUUUAGGAUGAUCAAAUUUUUGUUGUUAACUUGUUAUUCCUCUCUCUUUGUAAAAUGUGCUGACAAUAAAUGUAAAUCAUAAAAAUCUUACAGUAAUAAAGCAAACACAAAAAUAUUUCUACAUUUAGGAUUAUCAAAUUAGUAAUUUUUUUUUUAAAAAUGUAUGGAUAGUUUUGUAUAAUUUAAAUCUGCUUAUGAAUUGAUGCAAUAUUUCACCCUAAGGUUCUCCAGGUUUAAGUAAACUAUGUACAUUUCAGUGGUUGCAAACAUUGUCACCAGUCAUGUUUGAAUAAAUAUCUUAAUUCAUA